CUACAGCCCAUUGUUCUUAAAUGAAGCCGUUGUCUUAGCAAAAUGGUUGUUGAAAUAACUGUCUUGUGCAGGACGAAUGCAGAUCAUCGAAGGUCUGUAGCAGCCUGUUUGGUUCAGGGCGUCUACAGUUUGCAGCAUGACCGCCAUCGCCAUGAGAAGCGUGAAGAUUCACAAGCUCUGGCUCCUCCUUGGUGGGAGUCCUUUCAUUUUGAGUUGCUUGAUCGACUUGUUGAUGCUGCUGAUCUUUCCAUCUUCGGUGCCAUUUACGAAUAUAAACCUCCGCCCUCUCAUUGUAAUGACUCAAUUGAACAGCGCCCUCGUUAUGUAAUUGCUUUCCGAGGUACCUUGAAGAAAAUAGACACUGUCUUAAGAGACGGUGAGCUGAGUUUCUACUUAAUCCAAAAUAGACUCCACCAAAAAUCUCGCUUUAAGAUUGGCGUGCAAGCUGUUCAAGAUAAGGUAGCUGCUGUUGGUGAUUCAAAUGUCUGGUUGGCUGGACAUUCCUUAGGGGCAGCCAUGGCAAUGCUGGCUGGAAAGACUAUGGCCAAAAGAGGCAUAUUUCUAGAAUCAUUCCUCUUCAAUCCACCUUUUGUUUCUGUCCCAAUUGAGAGAAUCAACAAUAAGAUUUUGAAGAAUGGGAUCCGAAUUACAGGCAGUGUAAUAACAGCAGGACUAGCUCUCGCUGUGAAGGCAAAGAAUCAGAACCAGAGGAAUGUCUCUGGGGAUCCAUUUGCUGCUUUGUCUGCAUGGUUGCCUUGUCUAUUUGUCAAUCAAGCCGACCCCAUAUGCUGUGAAUAUAUUGGUUAUUUUGAGCAUAGGAGACAGAUGGAGAAGAUUGGAGCUGGAUGUAUUGAGAAAAUAGCAACACAACAUUCAUUUGGAAGUCUACUAAAGAGUGCUGAGGGGAAGGAUUCAGAAGCUGCAGAGCCUGUCCACUUGAUUCCUUCAGCAAAUCUGACAGUUAAUCAAACUCCUACUGAGGAUUUCAAGAAUGCUCAUGGCAUUCACCAGUGGUGGAGACCUGAUCUAGACUUGCACCCCAAGCUUUACAGGUAUUGGUAAAUUUUAGUGAUUUUGUGUGCUAUUAUUAUAUUGUAUAUAUAUGCCUUUGAGGAAUUCUAAAAUGUCUCAUAUUGCAGUUGGAACAUAUAGAUCCAUCUUCCCCAUCUACUGGAGAAAGGAAGAAGAAAAGAAAAGAAAAAGAAAUCGUUCCCAUUUGUUAUGUAGUAGUGCUUGUUUGGUGUGAUUAGAGCUUUUAAUAAAAGUUCUAUUGGAAA